AUGUUGGGACUCAAGGCGACGAUGGCCAUCAUCGACAACUCGGGCGGACUGGUGGCCGAAUGCGUCAACGUGCUGAGGAACAAGAGCAACCAUGGCCUCGCUCGUGUCGGUGACGAGAUCGUGGUUGUCAUCCAAAAGGCAAGACCGAUCUCCAACGCCCCCGGCCAGCCCUCGGUGUCGAACGCCAACAAGGUGCGGAGGGGCGACGUGCGACACGCCGUCGUGGUGCGGACCAAGAAGGAGAUGACGCGGCCCGACGGACGGGUGAUCCGGUUCGACGACAAUGCGUGCGUCUUGCUCAACAACAAGAAGGAGCCGCUGGGUACCCGCGUCAACGGCGUCGUGGCCAGCGAGCUGCGCUACACGGGCUGGGGCAAGAUUGCCAGCCUGGCGCCCAAGGUCAUCUGA